AUGGCCGUGGUGAUCACCUCCGAGGAGAGCUCCUACUAUGCUCCUUCUGGUCUCCGCCGCUCGCAAUCUCAGGUAAAGUUUUCUACGAGGCAGUCCGGUGGUUUUCACACAUCCGCCUCGGCCUCCAGGAUACACGAUCUUUAUCAAUCACCACCCGUCAAGACCAUCCUCGCCGACUCCAACACCUCCACGGCGCCCUCCUCUCCUAGGACGAUACAGGUAUCGACCGCCGACCUGUCAUGUUCCUCGACGCCAGCCAGCAAUCUCUCCCUCUCCACAGAGAGCGAUCCCUGCGACGACCCCAUAUUACGAGCCCUGGAUGACGACGACAUCGUGUUCCCAGAAUAUAACGACGAUUUUGGGACAAAUUCUCCAGAAGAACUGGAGCCCCCUCCGAGCCCACGAGCUGCCAAUUCAGGCAAUGAAACCUCCACGACCGCCUCCGUUCCUCACACCCCUGAUCUGUGGGACAAUGUUCCCGCCGCCGACGACACUGCUGUCGGCGACCAGCCUACCCGUCAUGUUGACUACCUGUCGCAUGACUGGAGGAUGGAGGACAUAUGGUCGUCAUGGAAACACAUCGUGUCCAACAGGGACAGCUUCAACAACGCUGCACGGCUGGAGAAUGCGUCCUGGAGGACCUGGAUGAAAGCCAAGAACCACCUCAAGACCAUCUCUCCAGAGACAUUAAAUUGGCUGAAAGACUGUGAUGUCACCUGGCUCUACGGUCCCCUCCUCCCAGGGAAGAGCAGUAGUCUGUCUGGGUCGAACCAUGACUCCAGAGUAGGGAUUUCCAAGUCGAACUCGUUUAUACAAUCACAGUCCAAGAAGAAGCCGAUCCUCAAGAAGCGCAGCAUGUCUGAGGUGAUGCUGCAGAAGUCACUGUCAUCCUCUUCCCUGGUGAAACAGGCCGCCGCCGCUGUUCAGGCGCAACAGAGGGAGCUACCACGAGGUAUAAGGUUGUCCGCGAGGCCGAGACUGGCACGGGCCGCUACCGAUUAUGUGACCUUUCCGUUCUCUUCACGGAGGAUGAGCAAGGAAGACCUGAGUACUGCACCCUCCUCGUCAACGUCUGGCAUCAUCAGCCCAAACAGCGAGCGGAAACACAUCCACUUCAACGAACAGGUGGAGCAGUGCAUCGCAGUCGAGGUCAAGGGCGAUGAGGACGACGAAGACAUGGACUCGGACCGGUUCAAUAUCGGUUACGAUAGCGAGUCUGAUGAUGGGAUCGUGAUGAAGCGGACCAACACCCGGAAGCGACGACCCAUCUUACGCAGGAAGCCAAGCAGACACGAAAGCUCGGACAAGAAGAUGCUCAACCCGCUGCCGCCGACCACUCUGAAAUACCGGGAUGACGACACACCAGAGCCCGUCGAGACCGCCAUGAAGCAUUCCUACAGGAGCCCCAUGAUGUCGCCGUCGUCGUCGCAAGAAACCCUCCGGCCCUCCAAGUCCUCUGGGAAGAUGUUCUUUGUGGACGAAUCAGACGAGGAGGAGGAUGAGACUGGGGACGAUGGGUUUAGUGGUCCCGGCUUGAGAUCGCCACCACCGGGCGGUUUCGGAUCAUCAUCAUCGUCAUCGUCAUCAGGAUUCCGUCGCAGCCCCUCUUCGAAUAGCCUCAACGCAGCACCCGCCGGUAUGAAGAGAACCGAAUCCGGUAUGUUCAUGCCCUAUGAGGAAGGCGAAACGGCCUCAGAAGGGAUCGUUGGCUUCGUUCUUGACACGGUAAAUACGGCCCGGGAUAUCGCCCAUGUGGUUUGGAACGUCGGGUGGAGGCGUUGA